AUGACUCUGUCAAUAUCUGCCUCUGUCUUCCUCUUGGAAUCAGUAUCUUUCGUUCGCUUUCUUGCUGUCUCUCUUUCUCUGUUCGGUGUAUCUCGUUUUGACUUCGUGUUCUUUACUCUCUGCUUCUAUCUUUGUUGCUGGCGUGCUCUCUUUAUCUGUCACUUUCCUUAUCAAUUCAAUAAUUCUUUUUCUUUUCAUCUCUGUCUGUCUCUCUCGAUGUUUUUGAAAGUCUCCACCAUUGCUUGUCUUUGUCUUACACUUGGCAUUACUGUCAGUCCGUUUCUCUCUUUCUCUUUCUUUCUUUCUUUCUUUCUUUCUUUCUUUCUUUCUUUCUUAAAUACACUCUUUAUUUCCAUUUCUCUCUUUGACUGUCAUUUUCUUUCUUUUUUCUCUAUGUUUUCUAUUUUAUUCUCUCUUUCCUUCAUUGUCAUCUUUUUUUUAAAAUUCUGUAUCGCCAUUUUGUCUACCAGUUACAGUAUCUUUCCUUAUUCCUAUUUCUUUCUUCUCCUUCUCUCAAUAACGCACAAUAUUUCCACAUUUCUUUUUCUCUCCUUUUAUACCUUUCUCUUUAUUUCUCUCUCGCUGCCUCCUCUUCUACCCACCUUACAUUCUUUCAUACUAUCUCUCUCUUUCUUUCUCUCUCACUCUCUCGUUCUCGUUUUCUUUCUCUCUCGUUAUCUCUCUCUUUGCUCACUCUUUUUCCCAUUCACGAUAUAUUGA